AUGCCUGACCCAGCGAAGGAGAAUGAUCUCAAGGCGUACAACAGUAUCGAGCUUUGGAUGGAGGCCGAAGGAAAGCGCUUGACGGAGCAUGUGAUUAGCUUUGAUAAGCGUACUAGGAUCCACCGGAACUGCCUGUACGCUCCUCUAGACGUGGACCUGAACAUAUAUCUCGCUGUACGGUCCAAAGGUCCAGUCAAGAGCGACCUGGCCGUCGAGAGGGGGAAUCAUCAUGUGCUCCAGAUCUCCCACUUCUUCAACCUCGAGAAUGGGGACACCUCAAAGUUCCCCUUCCACAUAGGCAGCAUCGCAGCGAGCAACAACGCCAUGCUCCCUCCUCUAUCAGAGGAAGUAGGGGAAAUCAAGAUCGACGUCUACAAAGCGUCGCUGGUGAAGAGCAACAGGGGUACAAAGUCGAGCGAGAGGACUUCAUUGCCGGCUAUUACGGCGCAUGUGACCGAGCUAGGUGGCACCUCUUGCUGCAUCCGAGCAAGUCCCGCUGAGCCCUGCACCAACGACGAGAUGAAGAGCAUAUACCGGCCGAGCGAGCCGUACAAGGCGGACGAUGCCAAGCCCUUGAUCUCGUUCGUUUACGAGUACCAUGAGCGUAUGGACGAUGCUGGGGGCGCAGACACCAAAGCAGGCAUCACCGAAGCGCUGGGGAAGCGAGUUCGACGCGGAGAAGAGGGGGUAGUGCAGGAGUUGAGGACAGAAGUGGGCGAGCUCAGGCAGGAGAUGAAGGAGAUGCACGGUGUCCUGAAGGGGCUAGCCAAGGGCGACAAGAGAGGCCGGAAGCGACUACGAGGCCUGGACCCUCGGCUGUACAGCGACGACGAGGUAGUCGACGUCGAUGAUCUCGAGUCGCGCCACUCGACGCACACGCCAGAGCUAGGCGGAGGGGGUCCGCUGAGCGCGAUAGACGGGGAUGAUGGAAGGCCGAGGCGGAGAGGGCGGAGAGAGGGUACCAAGAGGGAGCCGACUUGA